CCCCACCUUCCCGCUUCCUGUCCCUUGCGCCGACAUGGGCGACCUGGAGUUGCUGCUGCCCGGGGAGGCUGACGUACUAGUGCGGGGACUGCGCAGCUUCCAGCUGCGCGAGAUGGGCUCCGGAGGGUGGAACCAGCAGCAUGAGAACCUCGAGAAGCUGAACAUGCAGGCUAUCCUUGAUGCCACGGCCAGCCAGGGCGAGCCCAUCCAGGAGCUGCUGGUCACCCAUGGGAAGAUCCCGACGCUGGUGGAGGAGCUGAUUGCAGUGGAGAUGUGGAAGCAGAAGGUGUUCCCUGUGCUGUGCAGGCUGGAAGACUUCAAGCCCCAGAACACUUUUCCCAUUUACAUGGUGUUACACCAUGAGGCCUCCAUCAUCAACCUCCUGGAGACAGUAUUCUUCCACAAGGAGGUGUGUGAGUCAGCAGAGGACACCGUCUUGGACCUGGUGGACUACUGCCACCGCAAACUGACUCUGUUGGUCGCCCAGAGUGGCCAUGGUGGCCCCCCUGAGGAGGAGGAGUCCCAGUACGGCACCCCCAUGCAGGAGCUGCAGAAGCAGGCAGAGCUGAUGGAAUUUGAGAUCGCACUGAAGGCCCUCUCAGUGCUGCGCUACAUCACAGACUGCGUGGACAGCCUUUCCCUGAGCACCUUGAGCCGCAUGCUCAGCACCCACAAUCUGCCCUGUCUCUUGGUGGAACUGCUGGAGCACAGUCCCUGGAGCCGGCAGGAAGGCGGCAAGCUGCAGCAAUUUGAGAGCGGCCGUUGGCAGACAGUGUCCCCCUCAGAGCAGCAAAAGCUGAGCAAGUUGGAUGGGCAGGUGUGGAUCGCCCUGUACAAUCUGCUGCUAAGCCCUGAGGCCCGGGCCCGCUACUGCCUCACAAGCUUUGCCAAAGGACAGCUACUCAAGCUUCGGGCCUUCCUCACAGACACACUGCUCGACCAGCUGCCCAACCUGGCAGACCUGCAGGGUUUCCUGGCCCACCUGGCCCUGACCGAAGCCCAGCCCCCUAAGAAGGACCUGGUGUUGGAACAGAUCCCAGAAAUCUGGAAGCGGCUAGAGCGAGAGAACAGAGGCAAGUGGCAGGCUAUUGCCAAGCAUCAGCUGCGGCAUGUAUUCAGCCCCUCAGAGCAGGAACUGAGGCUGCAGGCACGAAGGUGGGCUGAGACCUACAGACUGGACGUGCUAGAGGCAGUGGCUCCAGAGCAGCCCCGCUGUGCCUACUGCAAUGCAGAGGCCUCCAAGCGCUGCUCACGAUGCCAGAAUGAGUGGUAUUGCUGCAGGGAGUGCCAAGUCAAGCACUGGGAGAAGCAUGGAAAGGCUUGUGUCCCGGCAGCCCAGGAUGACAGAGCCAAGUGAAGGCUGCAGCUGCUGAGGGCCGACCAGCCAUGCCAUACAACCCCGUGCCCCUGAACCUCUGGAUCUCAGUCCGGCCUCUGCAAGCGCCCCAGCCUCCCAGGUGGUGAAGAUAGCAGGCGGGAAGAGCUGCUGACCCAUCUCCCCCAGCAAAGCGCUCGCCACUUCCUGCUCCAUCCGGCGGGUAGGCUUAGGGUGCAGCCUCAGCAAGCUGGGGCAGGAGGCCUGGGCCGGGGGCAAGGGCCGGAUGUGGGGACCCUCUUUCUCUAGUACAGUAAA